GAAAUUAAGGGACUUGCUCAAGGUCAUACAGCAUGUUACUGGCAGAGUUGAGACUAGAACCCAGGUUUCCUGAUUCCUCAUCUGUUGUUCUUUUCACUUACUCAAUUGAUGCCUCCCCAGUGUUCUCAUUUGUUUACUGUUCACUAUAUAAAUAAGUUCCUUUUCUUUGCCUUAACUUCUUAAACUCUAAGUAUAGCUAUAAUCCCAUUUGCCAUUGGCAUCCAUUCAAUCAGUAUUUGAAAUUUUUUUAUUGAAUACCUACUAUGAAUUCAACACAUACUAGGCAUUGAGAAAGAUUCAAAAGAAACAACAGGGAAAAGCUCUGUGUGUGUGAGAGAGAGAGAGAGAUUAAGGGCUACAAUAGGAGCUGUCUAGCGUCAUAGAAGGGAGAGAUCCAUGUUGAUUGAGGGGCCCUAGUGAAGGGAAGAACAGAGAGAAAAGUAGGAAGAAUGAGAGAGAAAUAAAAAGAAGAAAACCUAGCAAAACAAAUAUAAGAAUUGCCACACUGGGUCAGACCCCUAGUCACUCUAGUCCAAAUCAAGAAAUCAAUAAAUACCACGCUGGUGCAAGCACCAUGCUAGUCCAAUAUUCUUUCUCUGAGACAGCAAGGAUGGUUCAUUGGAAAGUGUAAUGGCUAUCUUCCAUGACACCUUCCUCAGCGAUGAGGAAUUAACCCCUAAAUCCAUUAAUUUUAAUAUCCAUUACUGUUCUUGGGGUAUAAAAUUAGAGGCAGUAACUUCUAAUAACCAUGAGUCCUAGCUGAUAAGAUAUUGGAGACGUUUAAAAACUGCCUUGGGUAGCACUUGAUAGUACUAGGGCUGUCAAUUAUCUAUGUCCUAAAUCCUUCCAAUCCCAUCUUGAGUUCCUACCCAUACCCCACGACCCCAACCCUAUCCCUCUCACCAAUCAAAUAAGGAAGCAGAAUCCUUCAUAGGAGGAAUUUUCAAACACACCUCAGACAGCAGUCAUGGUUUCUGAGCCUGUUCUGGAAAAGCUGCUUGAGCAAGUGACCUGUAGCAUCUGCCUGGAAUACAUUUUGGACCCUGAGCAUCCCAUAUGGCCCCAGCUUCUGCUGAACCUGAGGGCUGUGGCAUAUCGAAAUCCACAGAAGGAACUACAACCUGAACUUUAUGCCAGAAGCCUUUUCAAAAAAGAGACGCCAGACCCAAUGGGAUUUUAGCCAAUUUAAUGCUGAGCCUUAUUACUCUAGAGCACUAGAGUGGGCAGCCACCAAGGGAGUAUCAGUUUUGUGAGCAGUUUGGGGGUGACAUUUUCUACUUCAAGAGGAUGAGUGCUUCCAAUGUGGAGUUUACAAAGAUCUGAAAAAGUACAAAGAUUAUUUUGAGCUGCAGACGGAGGAGGAUGCUCUACCAUACAAGGGCUGGGUGGUCCUUCCCUUUUCCCAUCCUAAUGCCCUGUUCAAUCUUGGCUCCUAAGCUACAGAGACUACAACUCUUCCCCAGGCCUUCCUGAAAAGAAGCAGGGUGGCAUCCAUCCUCAUCCCAAUUCAAGUCCUGUGAAAGAGUGGGGGAUGAAUGACCCAUGAGGAGGUGUAUGAAAAAAUUGGUGAGGAAUAGGCCUAGAAGAAAGAUGAAGAGCAACUCUAGGAGAGAAGAAUGAUUGGGACAAGUUGGAGGAUGGGGAAAAAUAGUAGAUAACAGGUGAAUAAUGGCAGAUACAGGCCUGAUUGAGGCGGGGGCCUCAGCGGCCUCAGCAGCUACAGCCCUGGAGAACUUACAAGUAGAGGCAAGCUGUUCAGUGUGCCUGGAGUACCUGAAGGAGCCUGUCAUCAUUGAAUGUGGGCAUAAUUUUUGUCGGGCCUGCAUUACCCGUUGGUGGGAGGAACUGGAAAGAGACUUCCCCUGCCCUGUGUGCCGCAAGACAUCACGUUAUCGCAGCCUCCGGCCCAAUAGGCAACUGGGCAACAUGGUGGAAAUCGCCAAACAGCUACAAGCCGUCAAGCGGAAGACCCGAGAUGAGAGUCUCUGCCCCCAGCACCAUGAAGCCCUUAACCUCUUUUGCUGUGAGGACCAGGAACCUGUAUGCUUGGUGUGCGAGAUCUCCCAUGCCCAUCGGGCUCACACCAUCGUGCCACUGGAUGAUGCUGCACAGGAGUACAAGGAGAAGCUACAAAAGUGUCUGGAGCCUCUGGAGCAGAAACUGCAGGAGAUCACCCAGUGCAAGUCAUCUGAAGAGAAGAAGCCUGGGGAACUCAAGCGUCGAGUGGAGAGUAGGCGGCAGCAAAUUGCAGGGGAGUUUGAGGAAUUACAUCGAAGGCUAGAAGAAGAGCAACAGCUUCUACUCUCUCGACUGGAGGAGGAGGAGCAAGACAUCCUGCAGAGGCUUCGGGAAAAUGCUGCCCAGCUUGGGGAGCAACGUCGAGACCUUGCCCGCCUUGCUGCUGAGAUAGAGGGCAAGUGCCUACAGUCAGGUUUCGAGAUGCUCAAGGAUGUCAAAAGCACACUGGAAAAAUGUGAGAAGGUGAAGACCAUGGAGGUGACCUCGGUCUCCAUUGAGCUGGAAAAGAACUUCAGCAGCUUUCCCCGACAGUACUUUGCCCUAAGGAAGAUCCUUAAACAGCUGAUGGCGGAUGUGAUCCUGGACCCAGAGACAGCUCACCCUAACCUAGUUUUAUCAGAGGACCGAAAAAGUGUCAAGUUUGUGGAAACUCGACUUCGGGACUUGCCUGAUACACCUCGGCGCUUUACCUUUUACCCCUGUGUCCUGGCCACAGAGGGCUUCACCUCAGGUCGUCACUACUGGGAGGUGGAGGUGGGUGAUAAGACCCACUGGGCAGUAGGUGUGUGCCAGGACUCUGUGAGCAGAAAAGGCGAGUUAACUCCACUGCCUGAGACAGGAUACUGGAGGGUACGACUGUGGAAUGGGGACAAAUAUGCAGCCACGACCUCACCUUUCACCCCUCUCUGCAUAAAAGUGAAACCCAAGCGGGUGGGUGUAUUCCUGGACUAUGAGGCUGGCACACUGUCUUUCUACAAUGUCACUGAUCGCUCCCACAUCUAUACUUUUACUGAUACCUUCACUGAAAAACUCUGGCCACUCUUCUACCCGGGUAUCCGAGCGGGGCGAAAGAACGCAGCACCUCUUACCAUUCGGCCUCCUACAGAUUGGGAAUGAUGAUGGGAAGGAACAGGGUGGGAUGUUGAAGUAAUGAUGGUGACAGGGGAGACAGGUAUUUGGAACUGUGUCUCUUAAUUUCCUGUGUCCUGCUGCUAGAGGUUUCCUUACUAUCAGGCUCAUGUCCUGUAUUCUCCUGGAGAAGGUGAGGUAGUGGGAGGGAAGGUUAUCCUAGGAAAGAGACUGGGCCUGGAAGAGAGUGUCCACCAUUACGCAUCUGGAGACUGAUCUUUUCCCAUUAUGUGAAGAGGAGGGGGGAGAGGUUUACUGAAGGUGAGGCUGUCUUGGUUGCCUGCACUGUGCUCCACCAGUUUCCUCAUUGCAAGAGGACUUUAGGGGACCCCCUUCCCUCCAAAACAGAAGUAGGUGCGGAGAACCCUGAAGCCUCUGCUCACCCAUUUUGGGUGAUUCUAUAUGCCCAGGACAGUUUUGUUCCUUUGAGGGAAGCAGGAUAAUCUCUGUAUCCCUAGAAUGAAAUAAAGGUGAAUUGUCAGUCA